UGGAGUAAUUUUGUCACUCGAAUAAAAAAAAAAAAAAAAAAAUAUAAAUAUAAAGAUAAGAAAUGAUAUUGUUUCAAGUAUGGAAACAACAUAUAAUCCAGAAGUAGAAGAGUGUACAAGAAAGGAGGAAGAACGUCGUAUUGUUCAUGAGGGUACUGUAAUGUGGAAAAGACGAAAGGAGGAGUUGAAGCGUCAAAAACAUCGUGAACAGCAUGAAUUACGACAAAUGCAAGUUGCUUAUUCGCCAUGGGGUAAACCAGGUGGUGGUGCUAAAUAUGAAGGUUCAUUGAGAAAAAAAAAUGUACAUCUUGAGCCAUUGACAAUACCAAAAACAUCACAUUGUACAACACAGGCUGUGUACUCUCCGUGGGGUCGACCUGGUCCUGGUGGUGCUCCAUGGAGGGAUCCACGACUACUUGGAGUACGUUUUCUUGAAUCGAUGGGUUGGACAACUGGAUCUUUAAUAUCUCGAUUACAAAGACAAAAACUCAAUAAACUUGGAUUACAUGACCCCAAUGAAUUUUUUAAUGAACCAUCACGACCAAUUACAAGUCAAGUAAAUAAUAAAUUUGAUGAAAUGAAAAAUAAAAUAAAUGAAGAAUCACAAAUUUAUAAAUUAACUGGAGGCAUUGAACUUGUGCCAUUAUUAACAAAAAAAAAAUUGAAUUCAAAUACAGAAUACAGUAAAUAUUUAUAUGAUGCAACUCGUCCUGGUUACACGAUAGACAACCUGCGGUCGUUGAACAUUGGGAACCGGGAACACAUCAAUGAGCUUACCAAACAGAUUCAACGGAAACGUGAAAGUGCACUGAGGGAACAACGCGUUGAGCAGGAAAGCUGUCGAAGACAUUUUGAUACAUGGAAUAAGCUUUGGGGUAGACCCGGUCAUGGUGCUCCAAUCGAUCAUUUUUUUCGUACUGAUUUACAUGAUAUACUCUACCGAUCUAUUAUUUACUAAAAAAAAAAGAAAAAAAAAAA